UUUCCCACGUUUAGAUAAACGCUGUCCAUCAGUAUGUGCAACAAUGGAGAAACAGGCUGCAGGAGCUGAAGGCUUUAAAUGCCUGGAGAACAGCAUCGAUGGCUCUCCAGCCAACAGCAGCAGCGGUGCUGCCCGCUUGUUUGCAAAUCCCAGCGUCUCAUCUGGAAGCGCUCCAGCUGUGGGGAGCUCUGCUGCUGCCUCCAGUCCUCCUGCCCUCGGGGUGACGUCCUCCCACAGCUGUCCCCAUCCUGUUGGGACUGGGGAUUCUGCAGCUCCAUCCGCAGCCUGCUCCUCACUUAACGCUCCUGGAACGGCCGCUGCAUGGACUUCUGGGCUUCCGGGCCCUGCGAGCCCUGCUGCGGCAAAUCCUUCCAGCACCGCUCCGCUUGCUGUCGCUGCUCCCAAGGCAGCUACAGAACCUUCUCACCUGGGUGCAAGCAGUGCUUUGGCCGCACCGACUGCCAGUGCCUCUGCACACAGCGCCGCGUCUGCGCCUCCUGCUCCACACGGCAUCAGAGCAGGGCAGUUACACACACCGAAGAUGGAACUAACAGCCGGAGAGCUGGAGCAGUUCAGAGCCAAGAAGUUCAAGCUAGGAAAGGUCCUUCUGAAGCCACCACCAGCAGACCUUUUGUAUGAUAAGGAUUUAAGUUAAUUCUGAAGUUAUAUGCCUUAAUUAAAUAUAAAUUAAUGCAUUACAUUAUAUUAUUUACAUAGGCCUCAAUUAAAUAGAAAUAAAUAUACUAUAUUAUUUACAUAUGUCUUAGUUAAAUAGAAAUAAAUAUAUUUUAUUAUAUUAUUUACAAAAUAUAUAAAUAAAAGUUGUUCUGUGACUCUUCCAAUAAACAAUGUUGUGAUGGAGCAGUGAGUUGGAAUGCUUUUCUGUGACUUAAGUUCUCAUUUAAUUUCUUUAGUCUUUUGUAUAAUCAGUGAUGAUCCAGGUGUUAUAAGUAAGAAACAUACAAGAGAGUUUGGCUAAGCAGGUUAUUACACCAAAAAGAAUAGAUAAAGGGCUUACCCUUAUCCUGGGCUCACUGGAAAGCUCCAAAGGAGGGAUCUCCAAAAGAGACCCUUCCCCACUGGCAGUCAGUUCUUCAAUGGGGUCCAGGAGAGAGGCGCAGCCAGGCUCCAUCCCUUCCAGCAGCACAGCGCAUUGCCUUCACUGUGUUCCCAGGGCUGAUCAGCGCUCACCUCAGGUGAUCAACCAGAGGUUCAGGCUGUGAUUCAGCAGCUCCCAUACAGUCUUCACAGUAAGAUACCUCGUGGUAUCAGCAUUUCCACUGCGCCGGUCCUAGGCUCAUAGAUCUUGAGCACUGGCCAAGCAGGUGGCUUCUGCCAAAUGCUUCUCCCACUGCUUUAAUCUUCCUUCCCCCAUUGCCUUCAACUUCAUUUUCAACAACCCGCUGUCCUGUUGGAUUUUACCAGCAGCUGGUGCAUGCAAGGGAAUGUGAGAUAAGUCCACUCGAUGCCAAGAUCUUUGGCCCAAGUAUUUGCAAGGGAACUUUCAAAAUGCGGGCCCCCAUCUGACUCAAUUCUCUCACUGUAGAGAAGACCUAAAAUAUUCAAUCCAGCAACUGUUUUGUGUGCACCUAUCUGUCUAUCUAUCUGCUACAUCCCAUUUCAUCUUACCCAUAAAUCUUGUUAAGCACACACGUAGAAAGCAGGGUUGUUCAGCUGUGCCCUUCCCCAGGUCACUCUGCUCUCCUCAGACCCCCAGGUCUGUCCCAGAAGCAUCUUUCAUCAGCCCUGCCUAGAAAGUGCUGCCUGCUUUUGUAGCACAAAUUGACUAGUUGAUGGUGAACUCCUGACUUCCUCAUGCCUGGAACAACUCCAUGGGCCUCCUCAGCCAUCUGCACCAACCCUGGAUGUUGUUUGUCUCCACAAACAGCAUCCCUACCACCGCAUGUUCUUUCCAGAGUUAUGCUCCCCCAUCUCUGACUAAGAGAGUGAAUCUGCUCUGGAUCUUCUCCAGGUCUUUGUCGACUGCAGCAUGCACUACAGAGCUCACAUCAGGACAUGUUCUGUAAACUCCUACUGCCAGUUUCCUUGUGGCGGAUCCAUCAUUUUGCAUCAAGUCCUUUAGUGCCGCCAUUCCAGCAUUGAAAAAGUGAACAUUAGGGGCAGGACGGCUGCUGGCAGGGAGAGGAAACGAUGGAUUCAGACUGCACAGAAUAGUGACACAGACAGUGCCACGUAAGUGUCUUGGCUUUCGUCUUGGAAUUCCUUCCUCUGCUUAAGCCUGUGGGGACGCCUUGAAGGCUGAGAGAUGGGGGCAGGAAGGCUGCUGUGUUUCUUGGCACUUGUAUCAAAGUGUGCCGCUCAGGCUGCAGCCAGCUUUCUGUAAGGGCUGCCUGCAGGCUGCUCCCGCUAUGAGACUCCCAGUAGGCACAGCAGUAGGUACCUUCAUCUCCGUCCUGUGUGCUGUGAACUGAGAGAGUGCAGAUUUUAUUCUCACUUUUAUAAGACAAAUAUCUGCUCCUAUCGGAUUCAAAAUCAUAGGAAACUUGUAAUUCUGCUGUCACAGAAAGGAGCCGUUCAGGAGCUCUGGCAGGCAGCUGUCAGUACCAGUAGAUGUAGGCAUUCUGAAAGUCAUCUAUGCCCUCGGCUUUGUACUCAAUAUUCACAGUUCUGGAUCUCGUUCUGGUAACAGAUGGUGGACUCUGUUGCAGCAGCACUUGUGCAUGUACGUGUAUCAGAAGGAGAGAAAAGGCAGCAAGCACUGCCAGCCUGCUGCCUGCAGGUGCAUGCAGGACAGCCUCCUGCUGCUGCUUCCCAUGGGGAGGGGAAUGGAUGCAACCAGGCUUCAGCCAGGGCCAGAAGUGGCAGCAGCAGCAGCAGCAUUCUUCUCGUGGUGCCUGCUUGCCUGUGCCCCAAAGCCCCCAGCUCUGUGGCAGGGACAGGGGCUGUGCCUGAGGGCAGGAUGUGACUCACUGGUGGCCACCCAGAGAGGGGCCCUGGGCAGCCAGCCGGUGAUGCUGUGAGAAAGCAGCACAACAGAGGGACCUUAUAGUCUGGGCCAAACAGUACAACAAACGCAACCAUUCUAGAGCCACAUAGGAUGUGCCUAGAAUAAAGAUGCAGAGGGAAGGUCUUAUCUGUUUGUUCGAAUGGAAAUGGAACAACAAAGUCCUCUUGUCUUCUGAGACCAGGAAACCAGAAAUGUUGACAAGCCACAGAACGGCAGUACUAACCUUUUAACUCCAGUGCACUGCGAGAUGUGAUGGUGUGGAAUACUGACCAAAAAACAUAAAACCAAGACAAGAGAGUGUCUCUUGAACCGAGGCUGCGUCCUGUGACGGAGUGCUGUGUAGCCAUAGAGCCCCUUCACUAGUUGGGUGAGCACAAUUUUUCUUUCUAUGAUUACUGGUCUACCUGUGAAUACUUUGCCUGCUAUCUCCAAGAAUCUGUCAGAAGCAGUUUUGCUUCUUUGUGAGCAGGGCACCUACAUUCACUUUAUGUUGUGUGUUCAAAGUUGGCCUACAGUGCUAGUCUGCAGCCAUAUGCAAAGCACAAUGAAAUCAUUAGGGAAAACUUGUGCCAAGACAUCUGAAGGCACUUCUCCAGAAAAUACAGGUGGGCAAAGCACUCUGCAUGUUAUCUCUGCCUUUCAUCUCUUACCCCGAUUCCCUGAGAAGGAAACAAAGGUGCAGAGGCUGAAAGGGAAGCACAGGGCACUCUGGCAGUCCCCCAGUAGGGAUGCAUGAGGGACCGUGGCUGUGCAACAUGCCCACAGAGCCACUUGUCUUGAACUCUGAAAACUACCUGCAAGUCUUUGACUGCAGUGACUCUGAAUAGAGUGCUCACCCUUACUACUGAGACACUAACAAGCAUCUCACAUAGUUACAUUUAGUACAGUUGGGGCAAAGGUUCACUCUAGCUUGAAUACAUGGAAAACAUAAUUUGCUCACAAGUCCUCCUAGGGUAGCCAUAAUGGCUGCAAUCAAAUAAAUCAGCGAUCUCUACUUGCUGCUGUCUUCCAUCCCAAACAUUUCACUGUGGGAGGAUAAUCAGCUAAGACUACAGAUGAGCCUUUAAGAAAUUAGCUUAGGAGUUACUGUGCUGUGAUCAAGUUACAAAACAAGAGGCUCUAAUUCUUGGAUUCAAAGUGCAUGAAAUUGCUAUUCAGGGUGAAGAAUGAUCAUUUAAUAGACCAACCUACUUGCCUUUCAUCUGUCUUCACCACUUUCACCACAAGGCGUACAGAAAUGCCAUUAGAAAUUGACAGAUUUCUCAGUUCAUACUCAACCUCCUUUUGUAGGAUAACAAAGACUUAAUUGCCACCUCUAGGUUAAGGUAUAUCGGGGUAGGAAGGAAAAUGCUUGGGUAUUUCUAAUGAAACUUCAAAUAGAUGGGAUUUCAUUCACCUUCAUAAUUUGAAAACUUGUAGCAGAGUGAAUAAUUUUAUCAUGCUUCUUUCCUGACCAGGUUUUACUGGUAACAUUUUCUCGAAACCAAGGUUUAAAUAAAAUGACUAAAAAUUAAUGUGUUUAAGGUUGAAGAAAAUAAACAGAGAAAACUUCUGAGUUUACCACUGAGUCUUCUGUCAAGACUCACUGCGCUAUGUGAGGUUAUGAGCACUACACUAUGGGUUAUGAGCAAGCUCUUCCAUGAGGCAAAUACUGGGAGGAGGACUGUACCUCUCACACAAAGGAGUUACACCAAAUUCCAGUAUCUUCAUUUUUCAAGGCAAGGGGGACUAAGAACUGACAUUUCAAGACCAAGUCAGGGAACCUACUGAUUAAACACUAAUGCAAACUGUCCCUUCUCUGCUAUCAUCAAGGAGGGACAGCUAUAUUAAAAAGAGAGCAUAAUUCUGUUGAUUGAUUUGUUGAGUUUCUCAAGGUUCUGACAUUACAGUUAGCAGUGAAAUACUGAACUCUACUUGCAGUUGGUCCUGAGGUGAGAACAGAAAAUACUAGAUACAACAAUUCAGUUAUACUUAGCUUUGUACAUGUGGAAUUUUAAUAUAUUCUUCGUAUCCUUAAAAGAUUUCUGUGUUCAUGUGUAUCUCCCACGCACACAUCUACUCAAAGAAACCUUGAAGAGCAUCUGUUUAAUCACUGAUAUUCUGGGUAAACUAGCCAGCUUAAUAUACAUUCUUUUCUUAUAGGCAGCAUACAACCCACCUCUGACAGAAGAGUAGCUUCCAGCUGAUGAACUGAAUCACCUGGUUGCCUCAUUGGUACUAGUACAGAUCUGUCAUUAUUAUCGUUGGCAAUCUAGUAACAUUAGUCUAGAGACUAAUUACGCAAAUGUUAAACUUGGAGAAUUGGAUGUCAUGGGGCUCUCUGACUUCACAUCCACGAUAUACACAUUUUAAACAUUUCUGAAGUGCUUUCUUUUAUGAGCAUUUGUCUGUUUCAUCUUACAGGUGAGAAAUCCAGAUUUACCGUCAAAUAGGUUCUACUGCAGUGCACAGCUGUUCCUUGCACUGCAUUUUGGCCAGGAUCUUGCAUUCUCUGGGGACUCAGAGCAAAGUAAUUUGUGUAAAACUAAGCAGAUUAACAUUUAACUCCCUUUCAGGCAAAGCCCCUGACCAUGAGGCUUUCAGCUUUGCUCCUCUUGAUGUUUCCUCACUAUGAGCGUGAGACAACUCUACGCUGAGCAGUUCAUCAGCAGGGUCUGCCUGGGAUGGAAGACCCUUUCCCAGUUCUGGGCCUAUUUGAAGCUGACUUUUAUUUCUUCUCUCCAAAGUCUCAAGACAAGACUGAAUCCCGUGUUCCUGUAUUGUCCUAUACUGGUCAAGUGCUCUCAUCACCUUAUCCAACAGCACAGCCUUAAAAGUGCACAGAACUGUGCAGCAGUUCAGGACAUACAGGACUGCUGAAUGUGACAGGCAGCUCCAGACACCCAGACUUGUCCGUACCAGCAGCAGGAAGCAAGGAGCACCCUGCAGCACCUCAACUUUCAUCAGGUGCCUUUAUGUGGGGACCUGAGUCAAGUUCCUAGCUCCCAUGUGGACACCGACAGAAGGACACCUAUGUUCAGGAAAGUAGUUGACUGGAAAUUGAAUCUCACUCUUCCUCUUCAAUACUGCAGUCUUCUGUACAACGUUUUUAUGAGAACAGAAAAAAAAUCUGUAAAGAUAUGAUUUAAUUGAAAUUUGUCACCUUCGCCUGAUAUUGAAGAGCACUUUCCAAUUUGAUACAUGAAGAAGGAAAGACAGUUCAAUCACUACAAUCUCCACUAGGUGUUUUUUAUCUCAAUCCAUCCAAUAUUUCAAAUCCCUUUUUGCAUCCUUGGUAUUCACCCAAUAGCUGAUAUUAAAAUCCACCCCAUCUUCAUUCUCAUUUUCAUCUUUACUGAUCAAAGGUAUCUAAGAUAAUCUGUGUUCCUGAGCAGAUCCCACGCAGCAGCCCAAAUACAAAGUGACGUAGAAUAGAAAAAAGUAUAUGCAAUAACUGCUUCUCCUGCUGUCAGAGAAUCACCGAGGUUGGAAAAGACCUGCAAGAUCAUCACCAACAGUUCUCACUAAACCACGUCCCUCAACACAAAAUCCUUGAAACACUCCUUGAAUGCCUCCAGGGUCGGUGACUCCACCACCUCCUGGGAAGCCCAUUCCAGUGCCUGACCACUCUUUCAGAGCAGCAGUAUUUCCUAACGUCCAACGUGAAUCUCCCCUGGUGCAGCUUGAGGCCAUUUCCUCUCGUCGUCUCACUGGUUACAUGGGAGAAGAGGCCGAGUCCAGCUCACUGCAACUUCCCUUCAGGUAGUUAGGUAGUUAGUUCAGGUAGUUAGCUGUAAGGUCUCCCCUGAGCCUCCUCUUCAGCAGAUCGAACAAUCCCAGCUCCCUCAGCCAAGCUGAUAACAGCCUACAACACUCUGUCAAAGGGAGGAGCUGCACAAUAUCAUAGCAGGUUAAAAUUACUCAAGUUCCCCAAUAGGCAGGAAGGUAAAUAUUAAAACGAAAGUCCAGCUGGAUCAAAAUAACCAAACAUAUGAUUUUCAAUAAUACAAAUUUUAAUUUCAUUAUUAGGGAGUCACAAACUUCAUGGAAAUCAGAAACUAGGAGGAUUCACCACUUCAAUAGAUUUUACUAACGGUGUUUUAUCAUGAAGUUCUGCACUGAUAUCUCAGGUCUCCUAUAAAGCUGCAAGUAAAUCUGCCCCUCCAGCAAGUCUGCUACCUUGAACACAUCCCAUAUCACACUGCAUUUGGGAAGAGUGACAACUGCUAACUCUUCUUGUACACCUGUUUGUGCAUUUACCCUGGAGGUCUCCCUUUAAGCAGUAAGCAAACGCUGUCAUUGCUUCAGUUGUGUGAUGAGAUCAAUGUCUGAAGCAGCCUGUCUGACAGUGAAUCUCUGCUCUGAGGAAGAAGGUCAGAUAUUACACGGACUUCUUCAUCAUCCACAUCUGUCACUUUUAUCUCAAUCUGUGCGUAACUGUCUUAUUUUGUAGGCUUUUUCCCAGCUGCAAAGUUCAAGUCUUUCGCUUCUGCCUUGCCACACAUUCCACUGGAGCCACAGAUAGGUACAAGAUGGGCACCUUAUCAGAUGUUCCCCCAGACAACAGAGGAGAAGCAGCCAGCACAGCUGCUUCUUCCACAUGGCAUUUCUUAUCUCCCUUACAGUUCAAUAAAACAGGAACAACUUCAGCUGUCAGUGAAGUGCUUUCUGAAAAGGCAUGCUGCUUUGGAAAGAGUACAGCCAUACUGCCACAUUACAGUACAGGAUGAACCACAGAUAGCAUACACUACAAUUCACACUGAGAUGUACACACAUACUAAAUAGAGAAUUUUUUAGAUGGCUUUCUUAAAGUGACUUCCAGCUUGAGGCAAGGCAAAAAUAAGAGAUACAUGAAAUGAAUACAUAACAAGCAUUUCAAGUUAAAAAAGAAAAAAGAGCAUGGCUCAGAUAAGGUCAUUUGCAAUAGCUUAACAGCUUUUGGAAUAAUAUUCCAUGGUGAUGAUGAAAGACAGAUGGAAUCUGUGACUGUGAUAAAUCUUCAGUACUUAGAGAUGAGCAAGGACUACAUGAAAAUCUUUCAAAACGGAAAGACUCACUGGUAUGCCCUUACCUUGGUCAGCUGCUCCCUUUUAACUAUAUGCUGAUGAUCAUAAAGACAAUUGCCACAGUCUAGUUCAGGCGAUGAGUAAAUCCGUGGAGAAUACUCAGUUCUGCAGCGCUGCCUGUCUUGUUACUUUUUUGGCAAAAAAGGCCCGUGGCUGAAUGGUGCCUUCAGAAAGACCUGACAUUUCCCACACGAGCCUUGAAAGGAACACGUUCUAUCAUCUUCUUCUCCCUACAUGGAACAUUCCUUCUUAGCCCAGGUUUUUGAUUCAACAGAAGGGGAAUGCAAGCUCAUCAAAUAUGCCUGUAGUAUGUGCGGGUACAGCUCUCCUGAGUUCUGAAAAACCACAUCUUUCUUCUGCUAAAGGUGGAUUUGGCACACAAAUUUGCCCAGAGAAUACCAGCUUCUGUAUUUUCCUUCAUCAUUCUAUUCCAUUUAGUCAGAGUUGCAGCCAAACUGAGAACACCACGAGCAUUGCUACAAACACCUCAAAUGAACUGUAACAAGGCAGAAAGAAGAUCUGAACUUUAGACUAAGGAUGACAGCCCUACCAUUCCUGCCUGAGUUGGUAGCCCCAUUAUCUGGAAGCAGUUGUGAAGUGAGAGCACACAUGCACACACAGCUCCAGAAAUCAGAUUUCCUGCACCAUGAACAGACCCCUUUCAACAGUCAUUGUUUUCUCAGAACUUGCAACUUUCCACCCUGCAACAAAACAUCAUCCUUCAACCCAGCAGAGAUCUGGGUUGCUUCCUUUAUUUUUUGAAAGUUACAGUUUUUAUGAGAUAAGCAGAGGCCAAGGGGGGAAAUUGGACAUAGUGCUCAUUUUCUGCUGAGCCAUACCUGUAACACACUCUGGGAUCCUGUUACUUUCUGCAGCAGGUCAUUUUUAAUUGCCUUACCAUAAAAUACUUCUUAAAGCACUGAACAUUAAGGGAUUUAAACCUCUUUAAUGCUCUUGGAUGGCAAUCUCUCAAGACACGGUGGUCCCUGCAUGGCCCCAUGGUGCAGUGUGGGCUGUACCCCAGUGAUGUAGCGCAUGAUGCCACACUCCUCAACUGUGAGCACGGUGGUGCUGUGGGUGGCAUCGCAGUCAGUGACGAUGAUGAGGAUGCAGCGUGUUUCAGGAUGGGAAUCAUUCUCUGCCCUGAAGAUGUACUCCCUGCCACACCCCCCUGCCCUUGAGGGGUAGGGGUGGGCAGGGGGCAAUGGGGACAGGAAGGGGGUAGAGGUGGGUGUGGGGACACUGGGAACACAAAGAGGACCAUGGGGAUAUUGGGAAUGGACAUGGGGAUAGUGUGGAUGGGGGGGCACUAGGGAUGGCGAGGAAGGCGUAGGGACAUUGGGGGCACAGAAAGGACCAUGGGGAAGUGGGGGGUGGGUGGAUGAACACUGGGAGGCACUGGGAGGAGGGCAUGAGGUCACGGUGUGGGUUUGGGGACACUGGGGAGGUGACUGUAGGGUCACUGGGGAUGGGAUGGAGGGAAUGGGGACACUGGGACAACAGAGGUGGGCAUGGGGACGUGGGGGUGGGAGUGGAGAUGGAGCAUUGGGACAUUGGGGUGGGUGGGGGGACACUGAAAGCACCCACAAUGCAACAUGGGGUGAUGCACAGUGACCAUGGGGUGAUGUGUUCUUUUUUCUGUUGUUUCAUGGCUGUAUGGGAACUGUGAGGUCAUAACCUAAAACAGUGAUUGAGCACUUGGUGAGGGGUGUAGCCCUGCAAGCACUGGUGGGAGCAGUUCACCUGGGAUGGGAUGGGGCUCAGCCUGGCUCCACCCCUCCCUGACCACACUUAAGGGCUGGAAAGCAUUGUGGCAGCAUCUCUUCUUGGAGACUGCCUCUUUUGGGGUGGAGGAUCCUUUCUUUAUGUUAGGGCUGUGAGCUUCUCUUUGGUUGGUUGGUUGGUUUUUUUUUUUGUUUUUUGAGGAGGGGGAGAUCCUGACCAUGUAGAAGGGCUUGGAGGGGUGAAAACAACCUGGAGGCUGUUUUCUUUGGAGCAUGAGUGAGUACUGGUCCUUGGAAUGGGGUGAGGGAUUACUUCCUUAUCUCAGGGCAGCAAUGCACUUUUUUGGGGGGGGGGAUAUCCUGCCCACAUUGAAGGGCUGGCAGUUGUAAGGGCAACAUCUUUACUUGCAGACUGCUUCCUUAGGAGUGUGGGAUGAGCUCUAGUCCUUGGAAUUGGGGUGAGUGAUUUUCUUAAUUUAUUUUGGGGCUGUGAUCUCUCUCCUUUUUGGGGGGGAUUCUGACCACAUCUAAGGUUUUAAGGUCUAGCAGCCAUAAGGGCAGUAUUUCUUCUCAGAACCUGACUCCUGUGGUGUGUGCGGUGAGUUCUGGCCCUUGGAAUGGGGGUAACUGAUUCCUUCUUUAUUUCACAGCUGUAAGAUCACCUUUUUUGGGGGGAGGGGAGUUUGUGACCACAUUUAAGGUCUGGCAGCCAUAAGGGCAGCAUCUCUACCUGGUGGUUAUUUUCUUUAUCGUGUGGGGUGAGUGUUUGUCUUUGAAAUGGAAUGAGUGGUACCUUCUUUAUUUCAGGGCUGUGAACUCUUUUUUUUUUUUUUUUUUUUUUUUUUUUUUUUUUUUUUUUUUUUUUGGGAGGGGGUCCUGGCCACGUUUAAAGGCUGGCAGCCACCUCUACCUGCAGAAUGCCUUCCAGAGAGUGUGGGUGAGUAUUGGCCCUCAGGAAGGAGUGAGUGAUUUCUUCUUAAUUUCAGGGCUGUGAGCUCUGCCAUUUUUUGCAUAUCCUGAACUGGAUUAGAGCAGUAUCUGUUAUGUGUGUCAGGGCAUGACAGUCAGCAGUAUGCUAGGGUUGCAUGUAAAUUGGAGAAGUAUGAAAAGGCAACUGCAAAUUGCACUAUUUGUUACUAAAAGUUGUAAGGAGCAAGAUGAUCUGUUUUGUACCUUCCUCAAGGCAGUCUAAUUUUUCUAUAGACGAAGGUAGGGAAGGAGGUGGUUUCUUUCCCUAUUUCUGCUAUUUUAAUGUCCUUCUCUGAUUGAACUGUAUCUCAUUCUUUUCCUGUUCACAGUAUGUUGUGCAUUUCUGUAUCACAAGGCUUUUAACUUUUUAUAACUACCAUAAACAUAACAUAACAAGUUGUUUUUUUCUUUUGUUUGUUUUGGUUUUUAUUUGGUAAGGCUAAAAACCAAUUCUACUAAGAUUCUAGGCUUGUCCUACCUGAAACCCACAGGACACACACAGCCCAGCUCAGCUCACACUUCUGCCUGCUCACCCUGCCACGUCAUCUGCCUCCUGGAGCAGCCCAGCCUGGCCAAGGGGCACAGGGAGGGCAUAGUGCAGUGCAGACAAAUAGCAUGGCCCCAUGCUUAAUGCUUUGCAAGAAAAUGAUGUCAGCUUUCAAAGAUUACAAUUUGAAAAUAGAUGAAUUUGGAAAGGGUCUAGAGGCCCACCAGGAGAAUGAUCCUGGGAUGGAACAAAGUAUUCUGACAGUUUUAAAGGCUGUAGAUGCAAAUAUAUGUUCCUUUCAUCUUCUUUUAUUGAUUUUUUUAAUUAGGGAGAAACCUUGCUAACUUAUCUUGUUUUACAAGGAUUUGUUUUGCAAGCAGGUGUUCCAUUUGGGCUCUGUAUCAUGUGUUGGCUGCAUGGAUACAGCAUGCAGGUGGAAAAAAAUGCUGCAGACUCUGAAGAGAGUAGAAGCAGGAGAGAGGCUGCAGUGGAGGAGAGAAGAAAGAUGCACUUUGAAGCAGGGAAUGCCGUGCUGACAUGUUUUGAAAGCACUGCAGGCAGACUCCUUCCCAAAAUUUCAUCCCUCUCUCAAGGUCAGUAAGUAAUAUUGUGCUUGCUUAGAGAGAUUCUGGUUUAGCUUACUAGUGCUCCUACUGCACUUGCUUAGGGAGUUUCUGCUUGCCAUCUUCUGGGGCUAUCAAAAAUGGAUACCUGUGUGUGUGCACAUGCCAAAUAAAACUCAUAACUCUGAGCUGCUCUGUGUAGUUUGCUUGCCUCUGCUCCUGAGACACCCUGUCUCUCCAAUGCAAACAUAUCCUGAAACAAUAUUAUAGGCAGAAACACAUUGCAAAAUGUGCUGCACAUCAAGAAAUGCUUUGUAAAAACAAAACAGCACAACUGGAAAUAGCCUGUCACCUUAACAAAUAACUUUGAACCAAGUUAAAACUCAAAGGGAAUCCUUAAUAAGACUUGAUAAUGUGGCAGCAAAUCUGAUGGCAAAAAAAUCAAAACCAUUUUCUGAUUGUGAGUUUGUCUCACAAGACUGUAGCCAGCUGAACUGGAGAAAUAUGAAAGUCUUUUGAACAAAAUUUGGAGAGUUAAACUGCUAAUAUCAAUUCCUGUGCUUUGGCUGUGGGUGAAAAUGCUCAUGUUAAAUACAAUGGCUCAACUAAUCAUUUUUGUUAGAGGCAUUCAUAAUGAAUUUCAAUAUCAGUGAAGAAAUGGCUCCUCUGGUGGCACUGAAAAACAAAUAAUUCUCCUGAUUUAUGUGAAGUAGAAAAAAACCAAAACAACAUUAGAACAAUUUUCUUUAACCCUUGUCAAUAUUUCUGGUACAUCUACUGACAGUGCUCCAGUGACAGUUGGUUUAAAAAAAAGAAAGUGAGACUUAUAAAAUUAAGAUAUAAUAUUCUUACGUGCUUAGCAGAGGUUUGCUGGGUGUAGAGAAGUUUUCCUUGGUUUUCUUCGUCUUUUUCCAAUUGACGUAAUUUUCUCCUCCCUCAACCCCCAUCGAACUGCGUUUUUCCUCUGCCAUCACGGCAGGGAGAAGAGCGCCGGAAGCUGCGGCGUGGCUGCGCGUCGAGCCAGUCGUUGUUGUUUCCGCGGUCUCCGGUGCCCCCUCGUGGCCAAUAGGUGGAAUUGCGGCCGUGUUUGUUUGGCGCCGCAGGCACCAGGGCGCAUGCGCACAGGGACGCGGCGCUGGUGCUCCUCGCUCUGCGCAGCGAAAACGCCGAGCUUUGUUAUGGUUAAUCCUCGAGGCAACAGAGCGCAUGCGCCAGGACACUCAUAACUAGCAUUCAAAUCUACAAAGCCUCGAGGUGCAGGCGAGCAGUCGAUUCCUGGAGCCUGCCUCGGGAACAGACUAUUGUGGCUUCCAGCGGCCCCUGCGCCCCUCGCACGCGUAAUGAGGAGUCGAAAACAACGCACGCGUAGUAACUCCUGGUUCUGCUGGUACACCUCUUGUACCUGGAGCUGGCUCUCCAUCUGGCUGAGACAUCAUCUUUAACACUUCAAAACAAGCCUAAGGAGAAAAGAUUUUGGUGAUGUGACAUGAAAAUAGACAGCACAAAUAUAGACCAGGAUGACAGAAGAUGUACAUGCUGGGUGUUGAAUACCAUUUGGAAACCAAACUCCAGUUACUUGACAGUCCAGGAAAUUUUUCACAGCUGAGCCAUUGUGUUUUCUUCAGAAGUUAGAAAUAAGAUUGGCAGAGUCAUGUCCGUAUUCACCCACGCAGCAAAGUACUGGAAGAACUGCAUUAUUUCAUCCCACUCUUCAUGCAUGUUCAAAAUAGUUGAUGGGUGAAGGAAUGCUGGCUGGUUUUACGCUCAGAAAAAAGCCUCCACAAGUUCACAUUCAGUACAAUGGAAGGACAGAACCUGCCUGUACAAAUCUAUCCUACGCUGACCUAAGCAGAAGCAUUAGAGGUCAUAUAAAUGUUCCUUGUCUUAGUUACUGAAUCUGGUUUCUGUAAUCUGAAGACACAAUGAAGGUAAGGCUGCUUACACACUAUUUUCAGUUGUUUUUCAGGAUAAUGACAUAAAAAUGAAUUAACUGACUCUCCUCUCCUUACACUCUAUUAAUUGAAGAUACUUGAACUGGAAAAGCAGUACGUACAAGAUUUAUUGUUCCCGAUGGAAUCUUAGUCCUGCUGCCUUUUAUAUCCAUUCUGAUAUCACUGAAUCAACCUGAAGUCCUAUGGAUAAAAGAAGGAAUUAUUUUAGAUUUUCCCGAGGCUCAGCCUUCAUCACAAUAUAAGAUAUCCAGUUGUAUCACCACCAUCCCUGCAACUCUCUUCCUACUCUCAAGUUUACUGGAUUUCUUGUUAUUUAUUGAUUUCCAACUUCGAAGGUCUGCGUAAGAUACCUUUCUGGUUAAGCUCCUGUACUGAUCUCUCUCUUUUUUGUUAUUAUUAUUAUUAUUAUUUUUUUUUUUUCCUCUGUAAAUUAAUGCUUGUUAGUGAUUGCUACUUGGGUCACUAUCAUCUUCUGCUCUCUCAUCCCAAGUGUAUUACAAGAAUGAGAAACUAUUUAUGGUUGAACUGUACUAACUCUGUCUUCCUUUAUUGCACUUACCUGAAGUGCUCUAAAAGGACUCAAUGAAGGACAGGGAAGUAUUUUCAAAUUAUAGCUGUGAGUGAUGACCAGAGAAUAAGAAACCUCCGACCUGAAAUUAGAGGAGCUGUUGACACUGGCUACAAUUCUGAAUAGUAGUUCAAAGCCAAAGAAGAAACAAUAAUAUUAUGUCAUUCACUGGGGAAAAAAAAAAAAUAAUAAUCCACUGUUAGAUUUUUAGCAAAUAAACAAGUAUAUAUGAUUACAGAGAGGGAAAAAAAUGGAUUUUUGGAACUGUGUCUAAGUUUGAAUAAAAUGCUUUUAUGUGUUUACAGAAUUAUUCUAAAGGAUGAUUGUUGAUCUGCUGAAGCCUUCUUGAUUCUACAUUUUUCUCAGUUUGAAUUAUAAAAACUGUAAUUGUAUAUUCUGAACCUAGAAGAGAAAAUCUAGAAGGCUAUUCUGAUUUUUUCUAACCAUCUGUUGAAAAACAUCAUGAGCACUUGUUUAUCUGCACUUCUGUAAGUUCUCAACAUUGAUUGUAUUUCAUUUUCUGUAUCUAAUUACUCUUCAGAAUGAUAUGUUUACACUACUGGAAAACUUCUAUUUUAGAGUGGAAUUAUGCAUACAGUAUUCAUAUGGAUCUGAUCAGAACUGAAUAAUGCAGAUAUUUUUAUAAGUACAUCUUUUGAAAGGAAAAAAGUGUCAUAAUAUAUUUAAAAACCCACCACCUUUCAAGUAAUGAUGAUAGUAUCUUUUGUGAGCUGGAAGUUCAAUAUGAAUAUUCAUUAAAAAUAAUGAUGAUAUCCUGACUGUCUUGUGGGAAUAUUACUGUAGCAUCAGAAAUUCCUCCUGAAUUCUUCAACUGAGUUUAUGCUGCCAUAUUUAUUCUAAAAUUCUGGAAAUCUUGUGAAGGCAAGAUGCAAGUGAGAUUUGCAGUAUAUGCAGAACUGCAUCCCAGCCUUAUAUAUGGUAAGUGCAACAUUUGCUAUGUUGAAUUAUUAUUGUUACUAUUAUUAUAAUUACUGUAGUUGUUGUUGUUGUCAUUGUUACUGUUAUUAUUGUUAGGUUGCUUGUUUUAGCAAAGACAUAAAGUGAAACAGGUAAGUAAGACAGGGAUCUCCUGGAAGGAGUCCAGUGGAGGGCCAUAAAGGUGAUAAAAGGCUUGAAGCACCUUCCUUAUGAGGAAAGGUUGAGCGACCUAGGGCUGUUCAGCCUUGAGAAAAAAAGACUCAGAGGGGAUCUGGUCAGUGCCUAUAAAUAUCUAAGGUGAGGAAAGCAAACAGACAAGGCUAGGCUCUUUUCAACAGUGCUUGGUGGUAAAACAAGGGGAGAUGGCCACAAACUGAAGCACAGGAUGUUCCACACACAUGUGCAUAAGAACUUCUUGACAGUAAGGGUAAUGGAGCACUGGAACAGGCUGCCCAGAGAGUCUGUGGAGUCUCCUUCUCUGGAAAUGUCAAGACACACCUUGAUGCCUAGCUGUGCAACCUGGUCAAGGGAGCAUGCUUUCGUAGGGAAGUUGGACUACAUGAUCUCUAGAGGUUCCUUCCAGACCCUACAGUUCUGUGACUCUGUGAAAUACGUGAGUUGGAGUUAUGAUAACAGAAAGAGUUAGUGUUAGUUUUCUUAAGAUCAAAUACAAAAAUAAAGGGAGGUUGAGAACAUCAUUUUCCUAAUAUUACUUUUCUCUGUUUAAAGGAAUGGUAAAUGUAUAUGCAAAUGUUCUUAUACUGAGUCUUUGCUGAAAAUUGAAGCUACUUAAUACAAGUGCUGAAUUUGGUUUCUUCUUCACAGAAACUUUCCAUAUACUGACAUAUAAGAAUGCAUUACUCAGUGUAACAGGUACAGUAGUCGUUGUAUAACUCUUCACUUGAAUUAGUAGAGCUUGCUCAGAUUCAAUGAUUACUUGAUAUUUAGCUAGCUUAAACAGAACUGAGAUCACAGGAAAAAAGAGAGCAUGAAGAAGUCAUCAGAAUUAUCUAGCUGUGAUUAGAAAAAUACUUGCUUACAUUCCUGAAGUCAUCCCCUCAUUUUCAUGUUUACUGUCACUCUUUGUUUUUUAAUGUUUCUUUAAACAGUAUUAAAAUGAAUGAAAGUCAAAGUCCAGUUUUAACGCUUCACAAGACGUUGUGUUGUUUUGUAUGCAUCAUGUAUUAUAUAUGUAUUAAAUUUCUCCAAGCUAGCCUGAAGAUUUACUAACUGUACUUUGAGGCACAUUUUGUAUCACAGCAAUUUAAAAAAAUAAAUAGAAAUUGUCUAUUAUGCCGUAUUAGUGGAUGUAGAAAUAUGAGUUCAUACCUUUCAUUGAACUGUUUUAAAAGCCUACUUCCAUUAUUCAGGGGACAAAUGGCCACUUAAGUUCUACCAAGAUCAUUCUACCAUCCAGUGUUCAACCUGCAUGAAGUCUAAUUAUCCAUGCAGCUAGAGAAAUGUGAAAAAGCUGAAGCACAGAUCUUCUACAUAACCUACUUUGCAGUAUUUACAAUAACAUGGACUAAAACAUUAGAUUGGUACUCAUGUAAAGUUUAAUGUUUAUCGUAGUGUCUCUGCACUUGACAGUAGCUAAGUAAGCCCAUACAUCUGUUAUAUUUCUUUCAUGCUGCCCAUGUGUCCAGCCUCUGUGCCCAUCAGCAGUAAUGGUCCUCAGUGCUAUUACUGUAAUUCAAAGGCAUUAACCAGAAAUUAAAUGCAUAUUAGUUAUAUAGUAUGAAAUUAUGUUAGCUGAUGUGUUAAAGGCUGCAAACCACAAUCUCAAUAGCAUUUUACAAGUACCACUGUGACAGAUAAGAAACAUAAGAAUAGGUCUUUAGAAAUAUUGUGCCUGAAAACAGUUCUGAAAGCACACUGAUAUUUUGAAAGCAUUGUUGGCUAUCUGUCAUCAUGGUUUAUCAGUAACUGACUGUCCUCAAAUUCCAGACAGCUUGUAUAAUCAUCUCCUGGUUUACUUACAGAUUUAAAAUGCUCACCAUUCCUGAUACAAGCCAUUGGCUUUCUUGGCUACCUGGGCACACUGCUGGCUCAUAUUCAGCCAACUGUCCAUCAGCACACCAAGGUCCCUUUCUGUCAGGCGGCUUUCCAGCCACUCCUCCCUAAGCCUGGGGUUGCCUGGGGUUGCUGUGACCAAAAUGCUGGACCUGACACUUGAUUCUAUUGAAACUCAUACAGUUUACCUUGGCUCAUCGAUUCAGGUCCCUCUGUAAUGCCUUUCCUCCCUCUGACAGAACAACACUCCCUACCAACUUGGUGUUAUCGGCAAACUUACUGAGGGUAAGUCAUCUCAUCCCCUCAUCAAGAUCAUUAAUAAGGAUGUUAAAUAGAAGCGGCCCUAGAACAGAGCCCUGGGGGACAAUGCUUGUGACUGGCCUCCAACUGGAUUUAACUCCACUGACCACAACUCUUUGAGUUCGGCCAUCCAGCCAAUGUUUCAUCCAGCAGAGCGAAUGCCCAUCCAAACCAUGGGCAGCCAGCUUCUCCACGAGGAUGCUGUGGCGGGCAGUGUCAAAGACUUUACUGAAGACCACAUCAACAGCCUUACCUUCAUCCACUAAGCAGGUCAUCCUGUCAUAGAACGAAAUCAGGUUUGUCAGACAGGAUCUUCCAUUCAUAGACCCAUACUGCCUGGGCCUGAUCCCAUGGCUAACCUUUAAUUGAUCCAUGGUGGCUCCCAAGAUUAUCCGUUUCAUGACCUUCCAUGGCACCAAGGUGAGACUGAUAGGUCUGUAGCUACCAGAAUCAUCUUCCUGGCCCUUUCUGAAGAUGGUCUUCAUAUCUGCCAGUCUCCAGUCCACCCGGACAUUCCCAGUUAGCCAGGACUGUUGAAGGAUGAUAGAGUGUGGUUUGGCAACCACAUCCACCAACUCCCUUAGCACUCCAGGAUGCAAUCCAUCUGGCACCAAGGAGUUGUGAGUGUCCACGUUUCAGAGCAGUGUCCAGCUUUUUCCUCUUCCUCUUCCUUUUCCUUUUCUUUUUCCUUUUCCUUGAACCAGGUCAUUAUUGGAAAGAUUGUUGUUGUUUUUUUUUUUUAAGGAUGAUAUUUCUAUUCAGUGUGUAAGCAAUCAGAAAUGUUUUACUAGUGAAAAGAUAGAGCACAUUAUUUGGAAUUGAUAGCUAAUUUAUUUUAUUAUGAUUACCUGGAAUAACUUUUGCCACAAGAUUUUAAUUUACAUUUCUCUAAUACUACUGAUUUAAAGGUGACUUUAACAUUCCUCAGCAGAAGCUCUUUGUGAACAAUAAAUCUAUUUUCUCUAACAGCAGCAUAGUGUCUUAGUCUCCUACAUGAAUGAGGUUGUAAACCAAAGUCCUAUAGAAAUUUAUCUACGCAAAGAUCAUUCCCAGUGUAGUAUUUUUACAGCACUACUAGUAACUGUAUAAUUCAUAUGGUAUGGUCUGCUCCAGUCUUGGAUAAAAGAGCUAAAUAUUUUAAUUUAAGUGAAUGAUUUUGUUAGGUAUAACAAGUUCAGUCCCUGCUGGUGUUACGCUGCCAUUAUGUCUAAAAUGUACUGUAAGCUAUUUCUGUUUGUGUGUAUGAACUGAGCAAAGAACAGCAGUAAUGUGCUCGGUGCCAGUGCAUAUACCAUGACUGAGAGCAAAAUAAAUUAUUUUCUUCAGAUGGUAGAGGCCAAAGUAAGAAGUUAAGUUUUAUUUUGCUCAGGAUUUGAAUGACGGUACUAUAAAUCAUGGUAUAAAAAUAAUAGGCUGAUCCUAAAUUCUUGUACUGGAUACAGAGAUUGCCUUCAUUGCCCAGAAGUAGUGCAGAUUGUAGAAUUUUUUUACAACUAUUGUUAUUAUAAAUAGUCAUGUGUUAUUACCUAAACCCUGAUGGUGGAGCAACAAUUUGACUAAUUUUUUUUUUUCUUACAAUAAUGUCAUUUAGAUACGGUUAAAACAGUAUUCUGUUUUAAGUUAUUGCAGACUGUAACAUUUCAGUGCACUGAAUAUGAGUUUAACAAUACCUAACCAAUUAAGUUAAUUUGACUGAAAAAUGUACUACUUGUCUUUUAAAGAAUAAGAAUGAAAGAUUGUAAGGGAUUUGAAGAUAAUGUGGAAUUGCUUAGGAAGUAAUUUUUGGGCUUCUACCUGUAUUUUGCUACCAGUUAAAAUCUCCACAAACAUUCAGUUAUUUUUUUCCUGCAUCUGAAAAUUUAACAGUGUGAAUUCAUUUUUAUAUGGAAUUAUAUCUAAUAGAAUGUCUAUAAACCUUGAACAUGCAUUGGGUUUUAUUUUAGUGAAAUACGUAUUUUAUUGUCAAUAGUCUUCUCAGGAAUCAAUUGUCAGUGUGCAUGUCUGUUACAUGGAAGGAAAUAAUUUAUGUGUCUUCAGCACAUAACAUCCUUUAUAAACAUUCCAUGUGAUUUUUUGAUAGCAAGCAAAAGCAUGACAGAUGAAUGCAGAAGAGAUAUUUGGGGAAUUUUCAUGAUAAUAUUUACUCACUAUAUGUAAUAAGACUCCAAAGUCACUGUAAAUAACUGGAAUGUUACAGAUAUUUCAGAAAGUUACAGCAGUGCACAGUGCAUGCUAGAUAUAACAUAUUGACAUAACUAAGUAUAAUACAAAGUAAUCUAUUCUUUGCAUUGAUCUGCUCCUUGAGCUUAACACUGUUGAACAAUCAGUAUUCAGAACAGUAGUUUGUGAUAGUUUAGAUGGUAGCUGUAGGUUAAUGCAUGGCCUCUGAGAUCCAAAUGGCUGGCAUACUUCAGGCAAAUAAAAUAAUAAAAUACAUGAAAAAGAAUAUCCACUAAGAUGCUAAUAAGCCCAGUUGCCGUGAGAAUAUGUUGUCAUUACAAGGCUUCUAUAUUUUUUUUUUCCAAAAUUGUAAGAAUUAAUGAGAACAGUACAUGUGAAAAGGCUUAGGAUCUAUCAGUUUCUCCAAACGACAAUAUAAACACAUUUUCUAUUGUUCAGCAUGAUUUUUUUCCUAAUUAUAAACUAAGCAAGCUAAGAGUUAGAAAAAAGCGUACAUGUUAAAGCUUAAUAUUAAAAUAAUGAAGGUUAUGAAGUCGAAAAAAUGGAAGGUGUGGUAAGAAAGAGUGCAGGAGUGGAUGAUUAAAAUAGAAAAAAAUUGAAACCUUAGUCAAAUCUUUGAUUUCAACGGGGGUUUCACUUGAACAGAAAAUAAAAUAAUCAGAGUUUCACAAUUUCAAUUAUUAUUAUUAUUAAUGGCAGAAAUAUGGAUAGCAAUUUCAGUCUAUCCAAUGUUUUAAUUCGCCAAGUACUAAUGAAGCGGCCUACUAUAAAGUGAGUAAAAUCAGACUGAAAUAACAGGAUUUGGAAUGGAGACAGAACUUACAAUGUUUAUUUCCUACAGUUCUUCAAGUAAUAAAAAUACCUAGGCAGGUUUCCUCCAUCUUGAAUGCAGGAUUGCAUAUAUGCAAUACUGUGAAACAAGAACAUUCUGCCUCUAAAACAAUUUUGCAUACUUCCAAAUUAGCUAUGUGCACGAGAAAGCAGUAUGAAAAUCACCUUUACCUUGCUGUACACUCGUUUAUCUUGAACUCAAAACAUUCUUUUGAAAACUUGCUGAAACAAAGAAUAUGAAUUAUGUUUCAGCUGCACUUUCAAGAACAUAUUACUGAACAAUAUACUGAAUUUGUUAUGCAAAAAGUUCUUAGAUUUAGCAGCUUUCUAGAUAGACUAUCAUACACGUUAAAAAAAAGAAAAAGAAAAAAAAAAAAAGGAGAAAA